UUUGUGCUCGCUGCCCAGGAAAGGAGCCUCAUUGACGCGCAUGGGGUUUUGGUGCAAUGCGAAUUAUCUCUGAAGUCAUUAUUGAGUUAGUGCGGUCAGGCUGAGCAGGAGCUCACCCCCGGCCACAGGGUGCUGUCCCCAUAACAACAUGCGCUAAUCCUCCCCUGGUAGCACAGUAGCUGUAGGGGGAGCCCAGCCUGGCAGCACCACCCCCUGCUCGUGUGUGAUAACACUGCCAUGCACUGCUGUCUGUGGAGAGGGAGCUCUGUGUGACAGGGGAUACCUGCUGUUCAGUCGGUGCAGGACGUGUGCCAGGCUGGAGAGGCUGCUCAGCGCCGAGGAUAACCGUCCGGUCAUUUCCUAAGACCGCUUGACGCUACUUAUUUGGGGCUUAAACAAGCAGGAAGUGUUUAGUGAAAGAGGAAUUGAGAAGAGGACGGGGCAUCGAGAGGUGAACUCUUGCUUUGUGGGUGACAUCCGAAGUCUGACUUGUUGACAUGGCUCGGGAGAAUGGAGAUAACAGCACGUCCUGGAAAAAGCAGGUGGAGGACAUCAAGAAGAUUUUUCAAUUCAAGGAGGUUCUUGGCUCGGGAGCAUUUUCAGAAGUCAUUCUAGCUCAAGAGAAACAGACCGGUAAACUUUUUGCUGUGAAGUGUAUUCCAAAGAAAGCACUAAAGGGGAAAGAAAGCAGCAUAGAAAAUGAAAUUACAGUUUUGAAAAAGAUCAAACACGAGAACAUCGUUGCCUUGGAAGACAUCUAUGAGAGUCCAAGUCAUUUGUAUCUGGUCAUGCAGCUGGUGUCUGGCGGAGAACUGUUUGACCGAAUCGUGGAAAAAGGGUUUUAUACAGAGAAAGACGCAAGUACGCUCAUCCGACAAGUGUUAGAUGCUGUCUUCUAUCUUCACAGACUUGGCAUUGUACACCGAGAUUUAAAGCCGGAAAAUCUACUAUAUUUCAGUCAAGAAGGAGAGUCAAAAAUUAUGAUAAGUGAUUUUGGUCUCUCAAAGAUGGAAGGUAAAGGAGAUGUGAUGUCCACAGCCUGUGGAACACCUGGGUAUGUUGCUCCAGAGGUCCUAGCCCAGAAACCAUAUAGUAAAGCAGUAGACUGUUGGUCCAUUGGCGUAAUUGCAUAUAUUCUGCUUUGUGGGUAUCCGCCUUUCUAUGAUGAAAACGAUUCAAAAUUGUUUGAACAGAUUCUGAAGGCAGAUUACGAAUUCGACUCUCCAUAUUGGGAUGAUAUAUCAGAUUCAGCUAAAGACUUUAUCAGCCAUUUGAUGGAAAAGGAUCCAAACAAGAGAUACACUUGUGAACAAGCCCUGAGACAUCCAUGGAUUGCUGGAGAUACAGCCCUCUGUAAAAACAUACAUGAAUCUGUAAGCGCUCAAAUCCGUAAAAACUUUGCGAAAAGCAAAUGGAGGCAAGCAUUUAAUGCUACUGCAGUAGUGAGACACAUGAGAAGAUUGCACCUUGGAAGCAGCCAAGACAGUUCAAGUAUGUCCAGUGGACACAGCCCUGCAAGCCCUCUUCCAGAUGGAACAAGUCACAAAGACUGUAAGUCUCCAUCCAGCCCAUAUAGCUUCCUAUCUGGAGUAACCUCAUCUUCGGCUAUUACAGCAGUAGGUGGGGAUCGUAGGCCAAGACCAGCCUCAAUCACAACAGUGCAUUCUGGAAGCAAAUAAGCAGCCAAAGAUUGAGUCAGGGAGUUGACUCUCUUCAUUUGAUUUAAUUCUGAAUUGUGCACUGCAGGAUGGACUCAUAGUACAUAAAAGGAAUUUUUUAUGGCCAUAUUUUAUACUUCAACAGAGAUGGUUUCAUGUAUAAUAAACUGCAAUGGCUCCAGCUCCAAUGAGGCAAAAUAGUUUGACUGUAUCUGGUGCUGCAUGAGUCUUGCAAUAUUCUUA